AUGCGAAUAAGAGAUGAAAAUCGAUAUGCUGAACGCAGCAUCGCUUAUUUUGGCUCGCGGAGCAGAAGCGGUGGCACUAAAAUUGAGGGUACUAACGCUGCCAGUCUGAUGGAAGAAAGAGAAGAUGUUGUGUUCAUUUCCAGUAAAGACAGCGAAGCAUCCGCGCUGUGGGUCAAUUACCUCACUGCCUGCUUUGAGCAAAUCAGCAGACAGCAGGGACGCCCGCCUUUCAAGGUGAGACACGUGGCGAUUGAGGACGCAACGGCAAUUUCAACAACGGUGCAGGAUAAAAUUUCCAAAGCACGUCUGCAAAUAAUAGUCGUGUGUCCAAUUUUACUGGAAAAGGCAUCGAAUAAACCGGAACAGGCGUCCGCUUUGGCCAAACAAUUGGCGCCGGAGCGGGUCCUGGCAAUGAUGCUGGGUGUCCAUGACGGACAUUUGACUGAAAGCCAAAAGACUGCGCUUAUCACUUACUCACAGUGGAGAAAGUUUUUCGUCAAGGAUCAGGAUGAGACUUUUGUCGGAGAGUUUUUAGGUGCAGCGGUCGCUAUUUUAGGAUCCACCACGUCAGCUGCUUUGAAGAGCGAUAAAACAACUUUCUCCGUUCAUCCGAAAAAAGUUAAAAUGGGCCAGAACAGAGUUCUGGCAAUUCUGAACGACCCUCUGAGACCUGAAGAUACUUUCAACGUGAUUGUAGACCGUUGCGGAGAAGGAAAAGAAAUAACCCAAGUGAAAAAACGGAAUCCUUAUACGUUGCAGUUUUCUAUUCCAGAAAAGUGUUUAGAGGUAUCGAUGCUUGUCGGCGUGAGAAUCAUCGUAAAUGGAAUACCUCAGGGAGUCCGUCAAGUCAAGUGCGAAAGCAGACUCAGAGAGUUGGAUCAGAUUCUAAGAGCACACGAUAAUCCCCUGGAGUUUAUGUGUCAGACAUUUGGAUUCAGCUCAGGAGACAGAGAGCAGCUUGACAACUGGAUGGUUCAUGCAUUCCAAAAAAAUGUACCUCCACGCUUCAAUCUUUUGGCAACGCCUAGUGGUUCCGCACCGUUGCAAAGAAAUACUAUAAGUCAAGAAGAAUAUCCAACAUUGCUUCACUUCGCAGCCCGUUUUGGUCUAGAAAAACUUGCCUGGCAAUUGCUCGAUUGUCCUGGGGGCGAAGUGGCAUGUGAUUUGAAAAACGUAUCCGAGUUGACACCGGCGGAGCUCGCUGAGCAAGCUGGUCAUGCUAAAUUGGCUCAUCAGCUUCGGGGUUACAUGCAAAUGAACGAGUUCACAAACAUGUACAGCUAUCUUAAAGUAAUAAGCGAAAACACAUCUGGCAGCGGAGCAAGUAAUGAAAGUGCUCCGGCGCAAUUAAACAGCUUGGACACUGAGCAGGAUAAAGAGGACUACUGCCAACCGCGUCCGAUCAGUGAAGCUUAUUUAGUACCGCCAGCAGCCCGGCCAGUGAUUACCUCGGCUCCAAUUUCGUGUGCACCACCGCAACUACCACCACCGAACCCACCGACCUCGCCGAACCCCUGCGAGAUGAAUUACUCGAUUGUACCGCCACCAACACCUGUAGUUGGAGCGUUAUUUUCACCAACCACACCACCAGUAAACUUCGAAGCUAAUGGUCUGAGUUUACCACUUCAGGGAUAUUUGAAAAUGCAACCCGCCGGCCCAAAAUUAUCAAGCGCGCCUAUCACUGCUCCGCUGAUGGCAUUGAAACCGACAAUGUCCCAGUCUCUGAGAAAAGACUUCCCAAUAAAUCGUGAAGACUUCAUGAACACAAACCUGUCUAAUUUGGGCGGAAGCUUGAAUCGAUCGACAUCGUACCCAGGAACGAAAUCUCGGGAGGCAUCUGGACCUCAAGACGAGCUUCUUGAGAUAAUAACAGACUUUAAAAAUAACGUAUUUACUAUUUCUGAGGUGGAGAGGCUGGUAGAGAACUGGCGAAACCGCAAUGACGUCCAACAGAGUUUCAAGGAUAAACAGAGACAGUUGGCCUCGAUGCGAGACGAGUACGAGAGGAUACAGAAAAAGAUUAAAGAGGAGAUGAAAGCUCCGACGCCCUUUGAUAGGUUUAAGAAACUUUUUACCAAGAGCAAAAAAGAAGCGAAAGAAUCUUCCAGUAGCCAGGAUGACGAUUCUGCGUCGACACACAGCAAGACUGAUAAUAAGUCUAAUGGAACUCUGAGUGACCGGCGACCUAUCAGCAGCCUCAGUCUGCACAGUGUAUCCAGCUCUUCUUCUUCUGGCCGGAUGAGUGUUAUCAGCGGGUGUAGUGGAACUAGUCUUGGCGAUAGUGGAACUCAUUCAGACACUGAAGACCGUCGACUUCGCAAUUCUAGAGAAGAUAAAGGCGGUAUGAUGACUUAUGAAAUUCCUCCGGCGCCUAAGCCAUUUACUGGAAGAUAUUCACCGUUACGGUAUACUCCGUCACCAAGAUCAUCAACUAAUUGCAUUGAUGAACAUCGUAGACAUCCAACACCAGCUCCAGAUCAGUAUUACAUCGCAUUCCCAGUAUCAGGGCUACCUGUUCAUCCUUUCAAUGCAGACGGAACAUCUACAGAGCCAAAAACCCCGAGCUCCCCAUGUGACCAUUCAUUCGGGCCUCCAAUGAGCAUUCCCGAAGAACAACAACCCCAUCCCGAGUUGAAUGAAAAUAACGAUUGUCAAAAACAAAUAAAAGAGCUGAAUCAACUAUCGAUACCAUCGCCGCCGCCAUCACCGCCGACCCACAUACCACUUGAUUACAUGAACAUAACACCAACAGCAAAUUCAAAUGAUCUCAAAAAUGUCCUGAGUGACGUCAAUAAUUCCUGUGAUAUAAAAAAAAAUAAUACAGACAAUGAUGCAUCGCAAAUGAGCUCCGAGCUCAACAAGGUAAUAAAUAAAGACUACAAUAACCCAGAUGAGCCCGUAAAUCUCCAAGACACUAAUAUUCAGUCAAAUCACGUGGAAAAUGUACCCUUGAGUGUAGAUGUUGUUGAUGCACCCGUGCUACACGACUACAUGAAUAUUCAACCGUGUGAUCAAGACCCAAGAGUCGUCGGCGUUAUCCCAAAAAAGCCACCGGCGCCUCCAGUCCCACCUCGAGGUAUUAAAUCAACAUAUUUACUUUCAACAGGAAAUGGAUCCUACUUUUUUUAG